UUGCACGUGUUACGUGUUUACAUUUUGUUGCUGAAUUAAUAAUUGUGCAGUAGAAUAGCUAGUAUUUUCUUUUAUCAAUAAAAUUCUUGUUGUUAUAACUGAAAAAUAUAUCAAUUUACUGUGUAGCAAAGUGUCCGUAGAGUGUGGAACAAGUGCUGGUCCCAAAAAAUAGGUUAAUUCAAAGGAAAUAAAACACCGCAACUAUUUUAAUUUCUCGUAUUCAUUUACUGUAAAAUGGAUGUAAAUAAAAUAGUGGCUGAGUCGAGUUACGCAAUGCUUGAGGGGAAAAUAGACAACAGAAUCCUCCACACCUUGAGAUCAAUGGGUAUCGAGAAGCCGACGAGAAUCCAGGCUGAAACUUUACCUCACUUUCUACUACAAAAAGAUAUAAUAGGAGCUGCUAAAACAGGCAGCGGAAAGACUCUAGCAUUCCUCAUACCGGUAGUUGAUAGCCUAAUCAAGUUUAAGUUUACCAGAAAACAUGGUACUGGUUGCAUUAUCUUAUCUCCUACUAGAGAGUUGGCUCUUCAGACAUUUGAAGUGUUAAAGAAAUUGCUAUCAGACAUAGAUUUAUCAUAUAGUUUGAUAGUCGGAGGAGAAAAGAAAGUUAAGGAUAUCAUGAGUUUGAAGAAAGGAGCAAAUAUAGUAGUAAGCACGCCAGGUCGCUUGUUAGACCAUUUACAAAACACUCAAGAAUUUAACUGUACAAACUUAAAGUGCCUAGUGUUGGAUGAGGCUGACAAAUUAUUGGAGGCCGGAUUUGAGAAGCAUGUUACAGGAAUUAUUGAAUUAUUACCAAAAAAUAGACAAACAGUCCUGUUCAGUGCGACAAUAGAUGGUAAAGUGGAAAAUUUAGCUAAGUUAGCUCUGAGAAGCAAUCCAGUUUUAGUAUCUGUUAGCAACAAUACUCAGUCUACAGUUGCAGGGUUACAGCAAGGGUAUUAUGUAUGUCCAGUGGAAAUGAGAAUACCCUGGCUCUACAAAAUGCUGAAAAAGAGCAAAAAAUUAAAGGUCAUGGUCUUCUUCUCAUCUUGUAAAUCAGUGGAUUUUCACAAUGAAUUCUUUAGGCUCCAUUGUAAAGCGAAUGUUUUGAGUAUACAUGGUAAACAAAGUCAAGCAAGAAGAAAAGAGACAUACCUCAGCUUCGUGAAAGCACAGAGUGGUGCUCUGUUCUGCACUGACGUGGCUGCUAGAGGAUUGGACAUACCAAGUGUCGAUUGGAUAGUGCAGUACGAUCCACCUACAGAUCCUAAGGAGUAUAUUCACAGAGUAGGUCGUACUGCGAGAGGGUUAAGCAAUACUGGCAACGCGGUCAUUCUACUUCGGCCGGAGGAGGAACCGUUCGUCGAUUUCUUACGUAAACAGAAUGUUUAUUUGGAUAAAUAUUCUUUUGGUGAUCCUCCUGGUGAAGUUCAGGAAAUGUUACAACAACUUAUAGAGAACAAUGGAGUAAUGAAAGUUUUAUCAAGGAAAGCAUACCUCUCUUUUCUAAGAUGCUACAAAACGCAUCCACUGAAGAAAAUAUUCGACAUUAAUACCUUGGAUUUAAAAAUGGCAGCGAAAGCGUUUGGCUUUUUGGAGCAGCCACAUGUCGAUUUUUUGAAUAAACGAAAGAAGAAAACAUGAAGACUACUAGCGACGUCCUCCGUGGUCUAGUGGUUAACGGUCCCCACCGUUAACGAUCUUGAGGUUUCAAGUUCGAAUCCCGGUGGAGAUAUAAUCACAAAAUCCCUUUCUGAUCCCUAGUUUGGUUAAGACACUGCAGGGUCAACACUCGAUUGGCUGAAAGUAAGAUGAUCCGUGCUGCGGAGGGCACUUUCGGUCCCGUAACAGUCGGUCCCGGCUACAAUUUACUUAUGUAAAAGUAUGUAGUCGUUACACGAGCCUUAUCAGGGGCCUUUGGAAGCUCAAUAGUGACACUGACACCAGGGUUGAUGAGGUUGGUCAUUGAUCUCACCCACUCACGCACGAGAGAAUAAAAUAGAAGCCUGCAGCGAAGCUUUUCAAAGAAUGCGGCAAGGAUAAAAUGACUGACGUCCUAAAACAAAAUGUUACUAGCCCAACGUAAAUAAAUUUGUUAUACCUUCAGGACGUAAUCUUUUAGUCGACUACGAGACCUAAUGGGGUUAAAAAAAGAAAAAGGGGUUGACAGGCAGACGGACGGACAAGAAAGUGAUCCUAUAAGGGUACAGUUUUACCUUUUGAGGGUCGGAACCCUAAAAAGAGUAAUUAUCAUGGUAAGUAUAUUGUUUUUUUUUCAUCCCCCAACUAGUCAAAUCCGUUACUUUUUACUACGCGUCAAAACACGAAAUUACAUGGAAUUUGUAUGAAAAAGCAAGCCGAGACGUCAUAGGAAAACGUGACAAAAUGUCGUGCUUAUUAUUACAUUUUUCUUUAUUAAAAUUUAUAAAUAAGUUAAAUAGAAAAAACAAAACAUUUUUUAUCACCUUUAGAUCUGUCUUUAUUUAGUAGGUAAAUAAUCAGAAUUUCAUAAUUUAUCUUUGACCUUGGAAACUACCCAAUUAUUCUAUGAAAUGUUUGACAUUUCUCGUAAUCGGACAAAUAAUGUAGUGCGCUGUCAAUUAAGUUUCUAAUCAACAACUUGGCAUUUGCCCUUGUCUA